GCGGCGGCCCCCCGGCUGCGCGCACCCGCCCCGACACCAGCUCUGCCGUCCGCCCGUCGGUCCGGGAUGGCUGCGGCCAAGGCCGAGAUGCAGCUCAUGUCUCCGCUGCAGAUCUCAGACCCUUUCGGCUCUUUUCCCCACUCGCCCACCAUGGACAACUACCCCAAGCUGGAAGAGAUGCUGCUGCUGAGCAACGGGGCUCCCCAGUUCCUCGGGGGCGCCGGCGCCCCGGAGGGCAGCGGCGGUAACGGUAGCGGCACCAGCGGAGGCGGUGGAGGUGGAGGGGGCGGCAGCAGCGGCAGCGGCGGCAACAGCAGCGCCUUCAAUCCUCAGGGAGAACCGGGCGAGCCGCCCUACGAGCACCUGACCGCAGAGUCCUUUCCCGACAUCUCUCUGAAUGGCGACAAGGUGCUGGUGGAGACGAGUUACCCUAGCCAAACCACACGGCUGCCCCCCAUCACCUACACCGGCCGUUUCUCUCUAGAACCUGCGCCCAACAGUGGCAACACCUUGUGGCCCGAGCCCCUCUUCAGCCUGGUCAGCGGCCUCGUGAGCAUGAGCAACCCUCCAGCCUCCUCAGCACCAUCUCCAGCGGCCUCCUCCUCCUCUGCCACCUCUUCCUCUUCCUCCUCGUCCUCUUCUGCCUCGUCCUCGGCCUCCCAGAGCCCACCCCUGAGCUGCGCCGUGCCCUCCAACGAAAGCAGCCCCAUCUACUCUGCAGCACCCACCUUCCCCACUCCCAACGCGGACAUUUUCCCCGAGCCUCAGGGCCAGGCCUUUCCUGGCUCGGCAGGGACUGCGCUCCAGUACCCACCUCCUGCCUACCCCGCCACCAAGGGGGGCUUCCAGGUCCCCAUGAUCCCCGACUACCUGUUUCCACAACAGCAGGGGGACCUGGGUCUGGGCAACCCAGACCAGAAGCCCUUCCAGGGCAUGGAAAGUCGCACCCAACAGCCUUCGCUCACGCCACUCUCCACUAUCAAGGCCUUUGCCACACAGUCGGGCUCUCAGGACCUGAAGGCCCUCAAUGCCACCUACCAGUCCCAGCUCAUUAAGCCCAGCCGCAUGCGCAAGUACCCCAACCGGCCUAGCAAGACACCACCCCACGAGCGCCCAUAUGCCUGCCCUGUGGAAUCCUGCGACCGACGCUUCUCCCGCUCUGAUGAGCUCACACGGCACAUCCGCAUCCACACGGGCCAGAAGCCCUUCCAGUGUCGCAUCUGCAUGCGCAACUUCAGCCGCAGUGACCACCUCACCACCCACAUUCGCACCCACACGGGUGAAAAGCCCUUCGCCUGCGACAUUUGCGGGAGGAAGUUUGCCCGGAGCGAUGAGCGCAAGAGGCACACCAAGAUCCAUUUGCGGCAGAAGGACAAGAAAGCAGACAAAAGUGUUGUGGCCUCUUCGGCCACCUCCUCCCUCUCUUCCUAUGCGUCCCCGGCCACUACCUCUUAUGCGUCCCCAGUUGCCACCUCGUACCCGUCCCCCGUGCCCACUUCCUACUCCUCGCCGGGCUCCUCGACCUACCCGUCGCCUGUGCACAGCGGCUUCCCGUCACCGGCUGUGGCCACCACGUACUCCUCCGUCCCUCCCGUCUUCCCAGCCCAGGUCAGCAGCUUCCCGUCCUCAGCUGUCACCAACUCCUUCAGCGCCUCCACGGGGCUUUCGGACAUGACUGCCACAUUUUCUCCCAGGACAAUUGAAAUUUGCUAAAGGAAAAGAGGAAACUAGGGGAAAAGGGAAAGAAAGAAAGAAACACAAGAGACUUAAAGGGCAGGAGAAGGAGGUGGCCAUUACAGGGGGCUCCUCUCGGGUUGGAUGGUGGAGGCUCUUCUGGUGAAGACCCCCCUCUGCCCUGGAGUGGAGGGCCCUGGUCCCCUCUGCUACAGAGUGGAAGGCCAGCUCCCUCUGUCCGCUUUUCCCAUCUCCCAGAAGAAACCCUUCCCUAUUCCUGUUGACUUCAGCUGCCUGAAACAGCCAUGUCCAAGUUCUUCACCUCUAUCCAAAGAACUUGACUUGCAUGGAUUUUGGAUAAAUCAUUUCAGUAUCAUCUCCGUGGCCCGCCUGACCACCCCUUGCUCCCUUCAGUGCUAGAAAAUCGAGUUGGCAAAAAACAGGAUGUGGGUCCCUGGGACCCCUGCCCUGUGCCCUUGUACAGUGUCUGUGCCAUGGAUUUUGUUUUUCUUGGGGUACUCUUGAUGUGAAGAUAAUUUGCAUAUUCUAUUGUAUAAUUUGGAAUUAGGGCCUCAUCUUGGGGGGGGAGGGAAAAAAACAAAGAAAAGCCAAGCAAACCAAUGGUGAUCCUCUAUUUUGUGAUGAUGCUGUGACAAUAAGUUUGAAGCUUUUUUUGAAACAGCAGUGUCCUAGGCAUUAGUCAGAGCAUGUGUCAGAGUUGUUCCGUUAACCUUUCUGUAAAUAGUGCUCGAUUGUACUCUCACAUGUGGCAAAAUAUGGUUUGGUUUUUUCUUUUCUGUUUUUUGGAAAAAAAGAAGUGUUUUGUUUUUUUUGUCCUCUUGGUUUAAAAGUUUCACGUCUUGGUGCCUUUUGUGUGAUGCGCCUAGCUGAGGGCUUGACAUGUGCAAUCGGGACGGACAUGCUCACCUCUAGCCUUAAGGGGGGCAGGGAGUGACAAUUUUGUGGGGGGAGGAGGCUUUGGGAGCAAAACAAAGAUGAGGGCUGGGCUGAGCCUCGGUUCUCCGGAAUGUAAGGAAACAAAAAUCUAAAAGCAAAAUCUGAACUCUCAAAAGUCUAUUUUUUUAACUGAAAAUGUAAAUUUAUACAUAUAUUCAGGAGUUGGAAUGUUGUAGUUACCUACUGAGUAGGCGGCGAUUUUUUGUAUGUUAUGAACAUGCAGUUCAUUAUUUUGUGGUUUUACUUUGUACUUGUGUUUGCUUAAACAAAGUGACUGUUUGGCCUAUAAACACAUUGAAUGCGCUUUAUUGCCUAUGGGAUAUGUGGUGUAUAUCCUUCAGAAAAAUUAAAAGGAUAAUAAAGUAGCUGUGAUUGGGUAUGUGUUUCCUGGGCUGGGGGAAGGGCUGUGCUGUGGUAGGGGUGCUGAUGGAGGGGAGAUUUUUCUAAAGACUGGGCCUUUAUAGAUUGGAGGAUGCUCCAGCCUGAGUCGCAGCACAUGUGUGUCACAGAGUAAGUUCAUAAGUACUAAGCAGGGGUCUUC